AUGGCGGCCACGAUCCCUUCGAUAGCCUGCAUAGGCAUCAUUGGCCGAAACAACAACCCCCUCAACAUCCAAAUCUUUCCGUCCCACAACCCCGCGACAAACACGUUCGCGCCGAUCCGCACGCCCCUGCAGUUCUCCCUCCUCCUCUCCUCGACCCUCGACGUCUUCGAGCUCCGCCACGGCAACGGCACCUCGGGCAACGGCGGAGGAGCUGCCGUGGGUUCCAGCGGCACCGGCCUCUCGGGCGAGGUCGGCCUCCUGCACGCCGUCGACGAGCGCCUCGCGGCGUACGGGUGGGAGACCAACACGGGCGUCAAGAUCGUCGUCGUCGUGGAUAUGCGCGGGCGUCGGGUUGCGGGUGCCGGGAGCGCGGCGGCAGAGGCGGCGGCCAAGGGGCGGGGCGCCGUCGGGCUGCGGGAGCAGGAGCUGCGGGUCGUGUUCCGGGCGGUGCAGAACGCGUACGUCCGGCUGCUGCAGAACCCCUUCUACGAGCCGGACGAACACGCCCCCGUGUCCGGCCGCGGCGGGCGCGUGAUCAAGAGCAAGAAGUUCGAGGGGGAGGUGCGGAGGAUCGGGGAGACGUGGACGCCCGGUGUCACGAGUCUUUAG